UUUGGAAGCCCUGGUCUAUAUAUACUAAGUCUAUGAUCAAGACCGAGACAAUUGGGAGACUCGAGAAGCAUCAGCGAAGUUUAGUUAUAAUAUAACAACAGCAUGGCACAAUAUCUAGAUUCCGAAGCAGACGUGAGCGAGGGGGAGGAAGAAUUGGAUCAGAAUGAGAAGAGAAAGCUGAAGAAGCUGAAAGCGAUGGAGGAGAGCGACGAUGAAGAGGAGGACGAUGAUGAGGACCAGUUACGUGAGGAACUGAAAGAUUUAAUAGAUGACAAUCCCAUAGAUGAAAGUGAAGGUGAAGACAGUGAUGGUUCUGAUCAUCAUAAAAAACGUAAAAAAAGUGAUGAAGACUUUGACGAUCGUUUAGAAGAUGAAGAUUACGAGUUACUGGAAGAAAAUUUGGGUGUUAAGCUUCAGAGAAAACGUUUCAAACGUCUUCGAAGAAUCCAAGAUGAGGAGUCUGAAGAAGAAGAACAAAAAGAAGCAGAUGAGGAAAGAGAUGCCAUUGCCAAUGAAUUAUUUGAAGGCUCUGGAGAUGAAAGAGAGAUAACGGAGGAUGAAAGACGAAGUGAACGGAGCCACAGGCCAGAAGUAGAAAAUUUCGAGGAGGGCAGUGACGAAGGCGAAUAUACUGACGCGGAUGACUUUAUUGUUGAUGACGAUGGCAGACCAAUCGCUGAAAAGAGAAAGAAAAAGAAACCAAUAUUUUCAGAUGCGGCGUUGCAAGAAGCGCAAGACAUCUUCGGCGUUGAUUUUGAUUACGACGAAUUCGAUAAAUAUGGCGAGGAAGAUUAUGAGGAGGAGGAGGAAGAAGAGGAAGACGAGUACUUGGAUGAGGAGGUUGACGCUGAGCGGCCGCGACGUCCGAAGAAGCAGCUGAAGAAGAAAACAACGAGAAAGAGCAUCUUCGAGAUUUACGAACCCAGCGAAUUGAAGCGCGGCCACUUCACAGACGUGGAUAAUGAGAUACGUAACACAGAUAUACCGGAAAGGAUGCAACUUCGGUCGGUACCAGUUACACCGGUUCACGAGGGUUCCGACGAGUUAGAACAGGAAGCAGAAUGGAUUUAUAAGCAGGCGUUCUGCAAGCCUACGAUCUCGAUUCAAGACGCCCACUUGAACGCCGAGGCUAAAGAACGUGCUCGCAAAGGGCCUCAGACCAUCGCCAAGAUCAAGAAAGCCUUGGACUUCAUGCGGAACCAACACUUCGAAGUUCCCUUCAUAUCUUUCUAUCGGAAGGAAUACGUGCUGCCUGAGCUGAACAUCAACGAUCUGUGGAAGGUGUACAAAUACGAUGCCAAAUGGUGUCAACUGCGUCAGCGAAAAGAAAAUCUGCUCAAGCUGUUUGAGAAAAUGCGCAACUACCAGCUGGAUGAAAUCAUGAAGAACGCAGACGCGCCGCUGCCGGAAAAUGUGCGGGUGAUCAAAGACGACGACAUCGAGAGAUUGAAGAACGCGCAGACGAGUGAGGAGCUCAACGAUAUCUACCAUCACUUUAUGCUGUACUACAAUCACGAGAUCCCGAAGAUGCAAGAGACCGUGCGAAAGAAGGAGAAAGAGGCGCGGCGGGAGGCGAGAAUUCAAAGGCGCAAACAACAGAUCGCCGAGGCCGAGGAGAACGGCGAGGAUCCACCAGAAGAAGAGCCGGAAGCUGAGGAAGACGAAGAAAUAGACGAGACCUUGAAACAGGCAGUAAGAAGCGGACCUUACUCGAUUUGCAGGAAGGCCGGUUUGGACGGUCUGGCAAAGAAAUUCGGCCUAACGCCUGAGCAUUAUGCUGAGAAUCUUCGUGACAAUUAUCAGCGUCACGAGGUAGACCAGGAACCCACCGAACCGACAACGAUUGCGACCGAGUACAGCAGUUCGCGAUUCAAGAGCCCUGAUGAGGUACUGAAAGCCGCGCAAUUGAUGGUGGCGAUUCAACUAGCGCGCGAGCCUCUUGUACGUAAGUGCGUACGCGAGAUGUACAUGGAACGCGCCAAGAUUUCCGUAACGCCGACAAAAAAGGGCAUCAAGGAGAUCGACGAGAACCAUCCGAUCUAUGCUAUGAAAUACCUCAAGGAUAAACCGGUGCGUGAUCUCGUAGGCGCGCAAUUCUUGAACCUGAUAAUCGUCGAGGAAGACAAACUCGUCACGAUAACUCUCAGCGACACCAUCGAAGGUAACACCACCGGCAACUACGUCGACGAGAUGAAGCAGCUCUACUACCGGGAUGAGUUCAGCAAGAACGUGCAGGACUGGAACGCGCUGCGUGUCGGUAGUGUCGAGAUCGCACUCAAUCGUAUGGUCAUACCGAGCUUAAAGAAGGAGCUGCGGACCAACCUAAUCGCUGAAUCGAAGGAGUGCGUGAUGCGCGCCUGUUGUCGCAAGAUGUACAACUGGAUCAAGGUUGCGCCGUACAACUGCGAGUUCCCCGAGGAGGAGGACGAAGAAUGGGACACCGGCAAGGGUCUACGUGUCAUGGGCUUGUCUUACGUGCCCGACUACUCUCAAGCUGCUUUCACUUGUCUAGUUGCGGCCGACGGCGAGUGCACGGAUUAUCUGCGGUUGCCGCACUUGAUGAAGCGCAAGAACAGUUACCGCCAAGACGAGAAGACCAUGAAGGAGGCAGACUUGCUGGCGUUAAGAAAUUUCAUAGCCACGAAAAAACCUCACGUCGUGGUGGUGUCCGGCGAGUCCAGGGAAGCGAUGAUGAUAGCGGCCGACAUUAAAGAGUGCGUCACUCACUUGACCGAGGACGAACAAUUUCCCAAUAUCCAGGUAGAGAUUUGCGACAACGAGCUUGCGAAGAUUUAUUCCAACAGUAACAAGGGUAUCUCGGAGUUCAGGGAUUAUCCACAGCUAUUGCGUGAAGCUAUUUCGCUGGCGAGGAGAAUGCAGGAUCCACUGGUAGAGUUCUCGCAAUUAUGCACGGCUGACGAGGAGAUCCUCUGUCUCAAAUACCAUAGUUUACAGGAUCAGUUGCCCAAAGAGGAAUUGUUGGAGAAUCUUUACCUGGAAUUCGUCAAUCGCGUGAACGAAGUCGGUGUAGAUGUCAAUAAGGCAGUUCAGCAAGCAUACUGCGGCAAUCUGGUACAAUUCGUAUGCGGCUUAGGUCCCCGGAAGGGUCAAGCUUUAAUUAAGAUGUUGAAACAAACGAAUCAGAGAUUGGAGAAUCGAACACAGCUUGUAACUGCCUGUCACAUGGGGCCGAAAGUGUUCAUCAAUUGUGCCGGUUUUAUUAAGAUCGACACUAAUAGUUUGGGCGACAGCACCGAAGCGUAUGUGGAAGUGCUUGACGGUUCGCGUGUGCAUCCCGAGACUUACGAAUGGGCUCGAAAAAUGGCAGUGGAUGCUCUCGAGUACGAUGACGAAGAUGCUAAUCCUGCCGGCGCUCUCGAGGAGAUACUCGAGUCUCCAGAGAGAUUAAAAGACUUGGAUCUCGAUGCUUUUGCCGAGGAACUCGAGAGGCAAGGCUUCGGCAACAAAUGCGUCACCCUGUACGAUAUCAGAGCUGAGCUGAACAGCAGGUACAAGGAUCUUCGCGUGCUUUACCAGUCUCCCAGCCCGGAGAAAUUAUUCGAUGUCUUAACUAAGGAAACACCCGAGACUUUCUACGUCGGCAAGUUGGUGUUGGCCACUGUGGUUGGCAUCAGCCACCGGAAACCACAGGGUGAGCAACUAGAUCAGGCAAAUCCAGUUAGAAACGAGGACACUGGUCUAUGGCAGUGUCCGUUUUGCCUGAAGAACGAUUUCCCCGAACUGUCGGAAGUAUGGAAUCACUUUGACGCUGGCGGUUGCCCGGGGAAAGCAACUGGCGUGAGACUGCGAUUGGACAACGGUAUAUCCGGCUAUAUUCAUAUCAAGAACUUGUCCGACAGACACGUCGCGAAUCCCGAAGAGAGAGUAAGCAUUGAGCAGAUCAUCCAUUGUCGUAUCGUGAAGAUCGAGGUGGAUCGUUUCAGUGUUGAGUGUACCAGCAAGAGCAGCGAUCUCGCUGACAAGAAUCAUGAAUGGAGACCGCAACGAGAUCCGUAUUACGACACUGAUGCCGAACAGAGGGAUAUGAAAGUAGAGGAGGACGCAAAGAAGGCAAAGCAGAGACAGAUCUACGUGAAGCGCGUGAUCGUCCAUCCGUCCUUCCAUAACAUCAGCUUCGUCGAAUCCGUGAAGCUGAUGCAGACGAUGAAGCAAGGCGAGGCGAUAGUAAGACCGAGCAGCAAAGGUUCCGAUCACCUGACAGUCACGUGGAAGGUCACCGACGAGAUCUACCAGCACAUCGACGUGCGAGAGGAAGGCAAAGAGAACGCCUUCUCGUUGGGCCAGAGUUUGUGGAUCGGUAACGAGGAGUUCGAAGAUCUGGACGAGAUCAUCGCGCGCCACGUGAAUCCCAUGGCGGCUUACGCUUCCGAAUUGUUGGACUUCAAGUACUACAAGCCGACAGUAGAGGGAAUCAAGGACAAAGCGGAAGAGAUAUUGAAGGAGCAAAAGAAAGAGAAUCCCGGUGGUAUUCCUUAUAUAAUAUCAGCGGCUAAGAAUUAUCCCGGAAAGUUCUUGCUCUCUUAUCUGCCGCGAACUCGGUGCCGCCAUGAGUACAUCACGGUGACGCCUGAGGGCUUCAGAUUCAGAGCACAGAUGUUCGGUAGAGUGAACGACUUAUUCCGCUGGUUUAAGGAACAUUUCAGGGACCCACUUCCUGGACAAUCCACUCCUAGCACACCACGUGGUGCAAUGACUUCCAGAACACCAUACACCACACCGGGUGCCGUUAGUGGAAUGAAUCAAGAGGCGAUACAAAGAGUGGCGCAGAAUCUUCCACAUCACAUGCUGCACUCCUUGUCGCAGGUGGCGAACCAAACGCCACAUCAUUAUCCGCCGCAUACCCCGGGGGCAACUGGCGCCGCUGGUUAUGGCGGAGUACACACGUAUCCGAAUACACCGUAUACGCCGUCCGGACAGACUCCAUUCAUGACACCGUACCAGACGCCUCAUCAUACUCCACAUCAUGGUCAGCCGACCCCGAGAUACGGUCAACAGACGCCGAGCCAUCAUCAAGGGCCCUUCGUGCAUCCGCCCCCUCCUUCGAUGACUCCCGGUCAUCACAGAUCUGUUCCAUCGCACAGACCUACGCCGCCCUUAUCUACUCCUUCCGGCGAUCCCACGGAUUGGAGAAAAGCAGCCGAAGCGUGGGCGCGACUAAAGAGCGGUCCCCGUGUAUCUGGAUCGACGCCGAGGUACGAGGAAUCGAGGAAAACUCCUCGCAGUUACGACGAAUCAGCUGGCAGGACGACGCCUUCAGGCAGAAACAGACCUUCCUCCACGCGAACUCCGUCGUAUAAAUCUCCGCGGGGUACUCCACAUACGAAUUCUAGUCCGCGGAGCAUGUCCUUGAGCGGGGACGGUACUCCUCUAUACGACGAGAGCUAACAGGGUCGUCGUGCCUGUGUACACACAUAUAGUCUAUUAUAUUUAUUAGUUACAUCAUAUCAAAUGCGUGCUGACGACGAGCAUUUGUAUCGUUCCUGUCAAAGGGAAACGCCAAUCGUGCGCGUCGACGUGAACGUUAAUUGACAUGAACCGCGAUCUGCGACACACGUAGACUUGUACAAGUUCCACACUUAUGCGCACGAAAUUUUCGUUUGCAUUAUAUCAAGGAAUAGAUAAAAUUGAUAACGCUACACGCCUACGAUGUGAUUGUAACACGAUCGCAUGAAUCGUGAUUUAUUUAUUUGGCAAAUAUAUAUAUAUAUAUAUAUAUAUAUAUAUAUAUAAUAUAUAUAUAUAUAUAAAAUAUAUAUAUAUAUCUUCCUAUGAGCCGUAUGUGGUAAUUAUUUAGUUUAACAAUUUAUACAAUUGUUAAAUGGUAAUAUUAAACACGAAAGUAAUAUACGCGAAGCUUGGGUUUUAAUUAUUCUGUCUCUUUCUUAGUAUUCCCUGUUUCACAUAAAUUUAGACAUUUUUUUAUUAAUAGUAACGGCAUUUUGACCGUGUAUUCACAAAGUACAAUUCACAAAGUAUAUGAACAGUAUGUACGUAACAUUAGAAAAGAUAGUAAAUAUAACACAAUAAUUAACAGCAAAAUACGUGAAAAAAUACCUUGCUCAAAUUUGUAUCGAUUAUCAAUAUCAUAUGCAAAAAUAUGAUUAUUGCUUUGCGUUAUAUGAGAGAAAUCUGAUCCUCCGAUAACAAGUCCUCUCGGGGAAUGCCUUCACAAUAAGUAUACAUUAUAUUAUGCCUGUAAGAUUUUCUUGUUGGUAUGCAAUGCGUCGCGUUAUUUCUAGAUAAAUGAAACAGAUUACGAUAUCGAAUUAUAGUUAUGUGUGAUAUUGAGAACGAGGAAUAUUCGUUGAAUGAGAAAAUAAAUAUUACCUAGAUGUGUUGGUGUUUUCGUGCGAUAUUCUGUUCAAGGGUAUUUCUACCUUCUGCCGUUUUCUCAAUGUCAUAGUGCAUUUCGAUUGUACUUUUGCAUCUUUAUCCGUAUUUGAUUGAGAGUUACGUAAGCGCUGCACAAAAAGAGAAAAUCAAGCGUUUCUUUCAGAAGUGUACGAUAAAGAUUGUCUUGUUUUUGCUUCUUAUCAAUAUUUUUUUUCCAAAUAGUUUAAAUGUUACCUUAUGCGGAGACAUCUUGCGUUCUUCUUCAAAAUCAGAAUCACUCGAUGAGAACGUUAAUUGUUGCGAUACUUUUCGUUUCCCAUUAACUGUAGAUUUUCGGAAUUUCUUUACAUUAUCCGCAGCUUUAGGUAACUUGGUAGAGGUAACCUUGUCAAUAAAUCGCACAGAAUUUGAUAAGAAUCCUCUUUCAAUAAUCUAUGAAAAUAUAUUGACUUGUGAAAAUAUAUAACCUCACCUGAUUCUUAUUUGUAUUGAAAAUCUCAUUGGUAUCCGGCAACGGUUUUUGUUUAGUCACAUUGUUCUUUGAUGCGUCUUUAGGAUUUAUCUCUUGUUUCUUAUUCGGACUUAGCGAAGUUAACGACGAUUUUUUCGAAUUCCCCAAGCUAUAGACUGGAAUGUUGUCCUUCAAAGUUACUCGUUCACCUGUGUAGAAAAUAAGAGAAAUCCGUUUGACUUGGUCUUUAUCUUGCGCAUUAACUUAAGAGAGAAUACACAGACAUUUAUAUAUAUAUAUUUUUUUUAUAUUUAAAAAAAAAACUUAUUUAUCCUC